CGACGGCCGCUUCCUCGGCGUGGGGCGGGUAGAAGCGAAGCGUGAGCUCGUGGCCCCCGCCUCAGGAGCCCCGGGAGCCCGAGUGGCCGCGUAGAAAUGAAUACCGAAGCGGAACAACAGCUUCUUCAUCAUGCCAGAAAUGGCAACACUGAAGAAGUAAGACAACUAUUGCAAACCAUGGAGAGGAAUGCAGCAAUUGCUGACAUUAAUUGCAAAGGAAGAAGUAAGUCUAAUUUGGGCUGGACACCUCUUCAUCUGGCAUGCUAUUUUGGACAUAGACAAGUGGUCCAGGACUUGUUGAAGGCUGGUGCGGAAGUGAAUGUGUUGAACGACAUGGGAGACACGCCACUUCAUCGAGCUGCCUUUACGGGACGAAAGGAGUUGGUAAUGCUUCUCUUAGAAUAUAAUGCUGAUACCACAGUUGUUAAUGGGAGUGGACAGACAGCAAAGGAAGCCACUCAUGACAAAGAAAUCAGAAACAUGCUUGAAGCUGUAGAAAGGACUCAACAAAGAAAGUUUGAAGAAUUACUUUUAGCAGCAGCAAGAGAAGGCAAAACAUCAGAACUCACAGCUCUGCUCAAUAGGCCCAAUCCUCCUGACGUUAACUGUUCGGAUCAGUUAGGAAAUACACCCUUGCAUUGUGCAGCUUACCGGGCCCAUAAGCAAUGUGCCUUGAAGCUUCUAAAAAGUGGAGCAGACCCUAAUUUGAAGAACAAAAAUGAGCAGAAACCUCUUGACCUUGCCCAAGGUGCUGAAAUGAAACACAUUCUUCUUGGUAAUAAGGUCAUCUACAAAGCACUGAAACGAUAUGAAGGCCCGCUUUGGAAGAGUUCAAGGUUUUUUGGAUGGAGAUUAUUCUGGGUAGUAUUAGAACACGGAGUCCUUUCAUGGUAUAGGAAACAGCCUGAUGCAGUCCAUAACGUUUAUCGCCAGGGAUGCAAACACCUUACUCAAGCAGUAUGCACGGUAAAAUCUACCGAUAGCUGCCUCUUCUUUAUUAAGUGCUUUGAUGACACCAUUCACAGCUUCCGGGUUCCUAAGAAUAGCCUUCAGCAGUCAAGACAGGCGUGGAUGGAAGCAAUAGAAGAGCAUUCUGCCUACAGCACUCACUACUGCUCCCAGGACCAGGUGACUGAUGAUGAUGAAGAAGAUGCCGUUUCUGCUGUAGAUUUGAGGGACUCUUUAGAGAAAGCACAAACAUGUCAACAGAGACUAGAUAGAGAAAUUUCCAACUUUCUCAAAAUGAUUAAGGAAUGUGACAUGGCUAAAGAAAUGCUUCCAUCAUUUCUUCAGAAAGUUGAAGUUGUCUCUGAAGCUUCUAGAGAAACUUGUGUAGCUUUGAGUGAUUGCCUUAAUCUCUUCACUAAACAAGAAGGGGUGAGGAAUUUUAAAUUGGAACAGGAGCAAGAAAAAAACAAAAUUUUGUCUGAAGCACUGGAGACUCUGGCCACUGAACACCAUGAACUAGAGCAGUCAUUGGUUGAAGGAUCCCCACCUCCCAGCAUCCUCAGCGAGGACGAGUUCUACGAUGCACUCUCAGAUUCCGAGUCGGAGCAGUCCCUGAGUAGGCUGGAAGCAGUGACAGCACAGUCCCUGGACAAGGAAGGACAGCACCUGAGCAGUUGCAGACCCAGGAUGUCUGAGGGGAAGGACUGUGGCGGUGGAGAUGCUCUCUCCAAUGGCAUCAAGAAGCACAGAACAAGCUUGCCCUCUCCUAUGUUUUCCAGAAAUGACUUCAGUAUCUGGAGCAUCCUCAGAAAAUGUAUUGGAAUGGAACUCUCCAAGAUCACGAUGCCAGUUAUAUUUAAUGAGCCGUUGAGCUUCCUGCAGCGACUAACUGAGUACAUGGAGCACACUUACCUCAUCCACAAGGCCAGCUCCUUUUCUGAUCCGGUGGAAAGGAUGCAGUGUGUGGCUGCGUUCGCAGUGUCUGCUGUUGCAUCCCAGUGGGAACGGACCGGGAAGCCCUUCAACCCGCUCCUGGGAGAGACCUACGAGUUAGUUCGGGAUGACCUUGGAUUCAGACUCAUUUCCGAACAGGUCAGCCAUCACCCACCAAUAAGUGCAUUUCACGCAGAAGGAUUAAACAAUGAUUUUAUCUUUCAUGGCUCAAUCUAUCCCAAACUGAAAUUCUGGGGGAAGAGUGUGGAAGCAGAACCCAAAGGAACCAUCACCUUGGAGCUCCUUGAACACAGUGAAGCCUACACAUGGACUAACCCCACCUGCUGUGUGCACAACAUCAUCGUGGGGAAGCUCUGGAUCGAGCAGUAUGGCAGCGUGGAGAUCACAAACCACAAGACUGGGGACAAAUGUGUGCUGAAUUUUAAGCCGUGUGGCCUUUUCGGUAAGGAACUGCACAAAGUUGAAGGCUACAUUCAAGAUAAAAGCAAGAAGAAGCUGUGUGCCCUCUAUGGGAAGUGGACCGAAUGUCUGUACAGUGUUGAUCCCGCCACUUUUGAGGCUUGCAAAAAAAAUGAAAAGAAAAACAUGGAAGAGAAGAAGAGCAGCAAACAGAUGAGCACCUCCGAGGAGUCGGAUGAAAUGCCAAUGCCAGACUCAGAAAGCGUGUUUGUCAUUCCUGGGAGUGUCCUCCUCUGGCGAAUAGCCCCGCGGCCUCCUAAUUCAGCCCAGAUGUAUAACUUCACUAGCUUUGCAAUGGUUCUGAAUGAAGUGGACAAGGAGAUGGAGAGUGUGAUUCCUAAGACGGACUGCAGGUUACGGCCUGAUAUCAGAGCCAUGGAAAACGGAGAAAUAGAUCAAGCCAGUGAAGAAAAGAAACGACUUGAAGAAAAACAAAGAGCAGCCCGCAAGAACAGGUCCAAGUCAGAAGAGGACUGGAAGACAAGGUGGUUCCGCCAAGGUCCAAAUCCGUACAGUGGAGCCCAGGACUGGAUCUACUCCGGCAGCUAUUGGGACAGAAACUAUUCCAAUUUGCCUGACAUUUAUUAAAGUGGCAGACAAGUCAGGGUGUUUGGCUAAUCUACAGAUAAGUCUUAAACCUAGGUUUUUAAAUUUUUUUCUUGGUUUCUACUCAUCUUUUAAAAAAAAGUCUGCUCAUGAGAGAACAUGCAUUUCACCCAACAAAAGUAGGGCACAUGGUGAUGAUGAAGGCCUUAGGAGAGAUGCAUAACUUUGCUAUCCAAAACAACUUAUUUGGAAGACUGUUUUAUAUAGAGGUAAGAGUGCUGGAGACUGCGCUUUUUAUGGUUGCUGUUGCCAUAUUUCCUGAAGGUUUAUACCCAAAUGUAACUUGAGCUUUAUGGAAUUCUAUAGCAAUCCCAAAUCAAGUUAUUUUGAAUAUUUUUAUGCUGUCAUGCUUGAAUGUUUUAGAUAUAACUUUGACGUGUUUAGAAUUCUUCUAUACAACGUUCAUGUGCUCAAAUGUAGAGGUGAUGUCAUUUUGUAAACACUACAAUAAGAUGGCUUUUGUUCAUACUAACCUCUCCAUUUUAACCCUUACUGCCUCUAAAAAGAAAAGAUUAGGAUUUUCCUAUCAGGAUUACCUAAACUGGACAAGGUGUUUCAUUUACUUAGUGUUCUGAAUUCACUUUUAUAAUUUCUGAAAUCAAUGAGUUAAAAUGUUUAAAUUGUACAUGUUUGAAUUGAAAAUAUGUAUAAAAUCUAGCCAUUCACAAAAUAUUCUAAACAUAGGUUUAUGACAAAGCUUUUUAAAUGCUUUAGCUUCCAGUGGCAGAUGCCCCCAGAGAAAGUGAGCCGCACUCGUGUGUGUGUGUGAGCAUUCAACUGUUAUGAAAGGAGGUCUUGUGCAUUUCAAGUUUGCAAGGUACCUGUGUACUUAAAUAUGUAUGGAGACCGACUGUACAGUAGUUUUGCCCCUUUAAUUGGGGUAUACUAAUCUAAUCUUGUAGUAUUUAUCCAUCCAACCCCCAGAUUGAGAUACUGCUCCCAGGGGCCUUAGGUAGUUGCCAGUUAAGUUAUUUUAACGCUGUCUUGAAACUAACCAAUGUUUGAAAUAAUCUACCUGAUGCUAAAUAAAGGCUUUAGAAUGUC